UAAAAAUAUUUUUUUUUAAUUCUUUUUUCUGUAAUUAUUAUCUUUUUUUACUUUUUUAUUUUAAAACAUAAUAUAAUUUGAGAAUAUUUUGUUUCCUUUUUUAAAAGAUAUCAAAUUUGAAAUAAUGAAAUCCUAUUGGUUGGUGAACCUCGGUUCACCCUAGGGGGUGAACCCAAGAAUGACUCAUAUUUUAAUUGGUUUAGAAAGUUGAGGUGAAUUAGAGAAUUCACUACAGGGGGUGAACCCAAGUCUUGUCCAUUCAAGAAUGAUUCCGUGAAUUUCAGAUACCAAGUAUUCAGCAAGACAAAAAAAAAGUAGUUAGCAAGACUUGAGCUAGAAACAUAAUAACUUGAAAGCUAAGCUAAGUUAUACAAACUCUAAAGAAUUAAGAGGAAGAAGAAGUUGGAAUCUCAAACAAAACAAAAAUAUAUAUAUAAAAUAAACUCUAACUAAACUGAAGUGUCUCCUUCCACCAAAUAUUUUGCUGUCUCUUGAAGCUUUCGUAUGACACAAACCUCACCUUACAGUUUGGUACAACCUUAGUUUCCUCCACAGCAAUUUCUAAGAAUUGCCUUAUCUUACCGGCAAGUAUCAAAACACAUAGUCUCAUACAUUCCUCUAUCUCUCCUGCUCUGCUUUCGAGCUUAGCUUGCGUCACCAUGGAACCAAACACCAUGACCAGCUUCGACGAUAAGCAUCGUCAUUCCUCCUUCUCGUCAAAGAUCUGUAGAAUCUGUAGCUAUGAGGUCAAAGACGGGGACAAUGGCCAGACAUUCGUGGCGUGCCACGUGUGUGCAUUCCUCGUUUGCAAACCUUGUUAUGAGUGCGAGCGUCGCAACGGUGAAAAUUGUUGCCCUCAAUGCAACACUCCCUACAAACCCAACAAAGGCUCUCCAAGAAGAUGAAGACGAAGAAAACAAUGGUCCGGUUGAUUCAGAUGGUGAAUUGGAUAUCAAGAAUCGAAAGGAUGCUUCCUCCAUUCACCAGAAUUUUGCCUAUGGAUCGGAAAAUGGAGACUACAAUAGUAAGCAGCAACGACGUCAAAAUGGCCGAGCCUUUUCUUCCACCGGAAGUGUGCUGGGGAAAACGAUCGACAACGGAAGCAAUUUUCUAUCUGGAAGACAUCGAAGAAGGCUCGAAGGGUACGAGCACGAUAAAUCGUCUCUCAUGUCGCAGAAAAACUUCGAGAAGAGAUUUGGGAUGUCCCCUGUGUUCAUUGCAUGGACGUUGAUGGAAAAGCGAGGGUUACCAGAGGCGACGAACACGAGUUCACUGAUCAAAGAAGCGAUAUAUGUCAUUAGCUGUGGAUAGGAAGAGAAGACUGAAUGGGGCAAAGAUAUCGGAUGGAUCUAGGAUCAGUGACAGAAGAUUUUAGAUAGUUUUUAUUAUAUUUUCUGGGGUUUUUUUAUACAUAUAUAAUGGGGUUUUUAGUAAUUAAACCCCUCAACUAAAAAUGAAUCGUAAGAAAAACCC